AUGCUGAAUGUCGGAUCGGGCCGAGAUUUUCUCCGCGACUUUGAUAUCAUUCUGCAUAAUUAUCUCGUUCCCCGAGUUCUGUCCAGUUGCUCAUUCUACGACGACGCCAGUCCAGAAUGUCGGAGAUUCAAGGCAUUCUUCGUGAAGCAUCAAGGCAAAAAAUAUGAAGUUGAAUUGGAUCCAAGCUCCACAGGCGAAACUUUCAAAUACCAAUUAUAUUCACUCACUGGGGUCGAACCAGAUCGGCAGAAGAUCUUGGUAAAAGGUGGACAGCUCAAGGAUGAUACAGACCUUUCCAAACUGGGGGCCAAGCCCGGUCAAACCUUUAUGAUGAUGGGUACGCCUUCUACAAACGAUGGAGUACCCGAGCUCUCGAGACCCAAAGAGAAGAUUAAGUUCAUGGAAGACAUGACAGAAGCCGAAGUUGCUCAGCAAGAGGGUGCAACACCCGCUGGGCUACAGAAUCUGGGUAAUACAUGUUACAUGAACUCAACGCUUCAGACAUUACGGGCUGUGCCAGAGCUGCAGGACCAGCUGAAGAAGUAUAGCAGCAGUGGAACCAAUUCAUCUCAGAGCUUUGACCCAAGUCAAUACGGCCUGCCAGGAUCAUCUUCUUCUGUGGAUCUUGCUGGAUCCCUACGGGACCUCUACAAGCAGAUGUCUGAGACUCAAGAGGGCUUUCCCCCUAUCAUGUUCCUACACGCAUUGCAGACUGUGUAUCCACAAUUUGCUGAAAGGGCAAGAACUGGUCAUGGCUACGCGCAGCAAGACGCCGAAGAAGCUUGGUCACAGAUAUUGUCACAGCUAAGGUCUAAAUUGAAGAUCGUAAAUCCAAAUUCCUCAACCUCCUCCGCGGGGAGCCAGAGCAACGCGGAAGAUGUCCCAUUUAUAGACAAGUUUCUUGCAGGCCGCUUUUUCUCAACUACAUCUCUCACAGAUCCCGCCGCCUCAUCAGAUGCUCCAGAAGAAGCAAAGCUCGAAGAGGAUACUUUCCUUAAACUUGAUUGCCAUAUCGAGGUCACCACAAACCAUCUACGCGACGGCAUGCUUGCCGCUCUGUCCGAGAAGAUAGAAAAGAACUCUCCAAGUCUUGGUCGUGACGCAGAGUACACAAAAGCAUCUCGAAUAACCCGUCUACCCAAGUACCUCACCGUCCACUUCGUCCGCUUCUUCUGGCGGAAGGACAUUCGCAAGAAGACAAAGAUCAUGCGCAAGGUCACCUUUCCCAUGGAGCUUGACGUGGUAGAGUUCUGCUCCGAUGAUCUCAAGAAACUCCUGAUUCCCGUCCGAGACAAAAUGCGAGAAAUCAAAAAAGAUGAAGAGGACAUGUCACGAGCGCGAAAACGGCAGAAACUUGCACGAAAACAAGAAGAGGACCGCCGAGCAGAUGAGUUGAAGGGGAAAAGUCCCGCUGAUGAGAAGAAGCUUGUGAAGGACAAAGCACCUGAGGGUAAGGGCAACGAUAAGGAGAUAGCAGAUGCAGUCUACAAGACUGAUGCCGAAUAUGACGCCGAGAGGUCUGCUCAAUUACUCACUAUGAAGAAAGACCUGUUCUCGAAGAUUAGUCCUGAGUUGAUGGGAGACGAAGGGUCGAAUAAAUCAGGAUUAUACGAGCUGAGAGGCGUCGUUACGCAUCAGGGCGCCAGUGCUGAUAGUGGACAUUACACUUCUUAUGUGAAAAAGCAAGGGAACAUCGGUCCGGACGGCAAGAGAAAAGAGGAGGAUGGGAAGUGGUGGUGGUUCAAUGAUGACAAGGUGUCUGAAGUUGAGCAGGAGAAAGUUGAGUCGCUAAGUGGCGGCGGCGAGGCGCACUCGGCACUAAUAUUACUUUACAAGGCGAUUGAUCUCCCCACCGCUGAGGAGGUGAAGGAAUAA